AAAUCAAAAUUUGUUCUUUUUGAUUUGCAUUUGAACCUCAAAAAUCCAAUCAAAUCCUCUGAAGGAAAAACAACAAAAACGAAAAGAAAAAUCAGAGAACAGAGAUCAGAUGUCGACGUCUUCGGUUCGCCGGCUAAAGGAACGCGGCGGCGCCGGCGGUAAGUUCGGGAUUCCAGCCACCUCCGCCGCGGCGGGGGCAAAAAACAGCAAAAGCCUGACGCCGCUUUCUGAAAAAUCCGGUGUCGGAGGGUAUAGCGCCGGCGGGGAGAGCCUCCGGAGAUCGGCUUGGAAGGAGAACCCGAGACCUACUUCGCGGGUCCGGGCGGCGACGGCGUCGUCCAUGCUGCAGCAGAAGCCGACGCUUCGAGCCAUGCCUCGAAUCGAUAAAUCGUCUGCGAGUUCAUUGGACGGAGGGGAUUCGCGUGCGGAGCCACGUGGGCGGCGGUCUACGUCGUCGGUGCCGAGAGGUAGGAGUUCUAGCCCUUCUGAAUUCAGUAAGAAUUUGUCGGAUUUAAGAAAAGCCCCUAGGGUUUCUAGGGUUUCAGGGGAGCAUAAGAAAAUUACUGCUAGUGAAAAAUCCGAAACCGAGCAAAGAACAGAAAGAAUCGAAAAAUUUGCUUCAAAAGGUUCCAAGUAUCAUGAUAAUAAGGAUAAGGAUGUUACUGUGAGCUCAGCUUUUAAAAGAUCAUAUUCUGAUUCUUCCAAAAUGCAGCCUAGUUUGGAUUCUGAUUUGAAAACUCGAGUUUUGGAUGAAGUAAAGGUGAAAUCUUGUGUUGAGAAGAGUGUGAAUAGUGGUGAAUUAGUUUCAAAAGACUUGAGAUUGCUGAGUAAAUCAAGUAGUUUGAGAGAUAAGUGUGUUAAAGAAGAAGGGAAAAGUGGUGUGGGGUUGAAUAAAUAUCCAAGUAAGCUGCAUGAGAAGCUUGCAUUUUUGGAAGGGAAGGUUAAAAGGAUUGCUUCAGAUAUUAAGAGGACUAAGGAGAUGCUAGAUACAAAUAACCCUGAUGCUUCAAAGUUGAUACUUUCUGAUAUCCAGGAGAAGAUUUCUGGGAUUGAGAAGGCAAUGGGAAAUGUUGAGGAAGAUGGGAAAGUGGUGGUACCAAGAAGUCAAAAUGAUGAAUUGGGGAAGAUGGAGGAGAAAGAAGAGGUUGAUGGGAAAGGAUUUGGCAAUGGAUUAAUCUCAGAGGAGUUAGAAGCAAGAUUGUUUCCUCACCAUAAGCUGCUUAGGGGUAGAACAUCAUUGAUUGCAUCCGGAUCGACCUCCAAGGGCUUGCAAGUAAAAGAUGUUGAAAUGAUCAAUGAAUUGAAUGAGAAAGAAAAGCCAACAAGUCCAAUUGAUGAAAAUCCCAUAGCGCUAGAGUUCUUGGCUUCUCUGAAUAAAGAGCAACCCAAGGCCGCUACUGAAGUUGAGAAUGUUGAUUUGCAGAUGACUGAUGCUCAAGAUGUGGAUGGUACUGUUAAUUCAACAACACAAGAUCCUUCAUUUAAAGUUCUCAAUGGGAAAGAUAAUCUUGAAAUUAUGCUGACUAGUGAUGAAAAACUCGAUGAAUUUGAUGAUCAAGAGAACAUGCCAACAAUGAUUAUGGAGGAUGAUGACAUGGAAGAUAAUAGCAUGUUUCAAUUAAAUCAGAUUGGGCAUAAGACCUCAACAUGUGGAUGGUUUGUGUCUGAGGGAGAAUCUGUACUGCUUGCACAUGAUGAUGGUUCAUGUUCCUUCUACGAUAUUGUGCAUUGUGAGACGAAAGCUGAAUAUAAGCCUCCAGUUGGAAUCUUGCCAAACAUGUGGCAAGAUUGUUGGCUAGUGCGUGCCCCCGGUGCAGAUGGUUGUUCAGCAAGAUAUGUUGUUGCAGCGUCUGCUGGGAACUCCAUAAACUCGGGUUUUUGCUCAUGGGACUUUUAUUCUAAAGACGUGCGUGCUUCUCAUAUUGAGCAUGACACCACCACAAGCACAAGAACAGCCCUUGCUCCCUUAUCCAACAACACUGUAUACAGAAGAAACGCCUUGUGUACUGUCAUUGCAUCUGAAAAUCCACAAUGGUGGUAUAAACCUUGCGGACCACUCAUCAUAUCAGCUGCUAGUAGCCAAAAGGUGGUCAGGGUAUAUGACAUUCGUGAUGGGGAAGAGGUGAUGGAUUGGAGCUUGUCAAAGCCAUUGAUAGCCAUGGAUUAUUCAAGCCCUUUGCAAUGGAGAAGCAGAGGUAAAGUUGUAAUGGCAGAGACAGAAGGCAUUUCUUUGUGGGAUGUGAACUCAAUGAGUCCUGAAGCAUUGCUGUCUGUAUCUUCUUCUGGACGGAAAAUUUCAGCACUUCAUGUGAACAAUACUGAUGCUGAAUUGGGCGGAGGCGUUCGACAGAGAGUGAGCUCGUCUGAGGUAGAAGGAAAUGAUGGCCUGUUCUGCACAGCUGAUGCCAUUCAUGUUCUAGAUUUUCGCCACCCAUCCGGCAUAGGCCAAAAGAUACCCAAGGUUGGCGUAAACGUGCAAUCUGUUUUCUCUCGCGGCGACUCCAUUUAUCUUGGCUGCACCACUCUGAAAUCAGCAGUGAAGCGGCAGUUCUGCUCCCAAAUCCAGCAGCUCUCACUGCGCAAGCCGGGCGUUUUCAGCACCUUCGCAUUGCCAGAAUCCUCUGCUCAUUCUCACCACAUGGCGUUAACACAGGUCUGGGGGAACUCAAAUCUUGCCAUGGGAGUUUCUGGGCUCGGCCUGUUCGUUUUCGACUCCAUUAAGGAUGACAGGUUCCAGCCAUUGGGUAUGGAUCAAACGAAUGACUCAGCUCUUAGAGAAACAAUUGGUCCAGAUGACUUGUUUUCGCCUUCUUUUGAUUAUUUGGCGUCUCGGGUUCUGCUGAUAUCCAGAGAUCGUCCGGCGCUUUGGAGGUACAUGUUUUAGGGACUAUAUUGGAUUCAACAUCUGCUUGAUUCAUGAACAAAGAUGUUUGUGCUGUUUUCUAAGUUAUUAAGGUUUAGCUUCCUGGAUUUGGUUAUUAAUGUUUUCGUGUACUGUAUAAUUAGUUACUUUAGAGAUGUUUUCAAAAAAAGAAGUUACUUUAGAGAUGGUUUUCUGCCCAAAUAAAGUUUGAGCUUGCUGUGUGUUAUUGUCAUUAAA